UGCUGUUUUAAAAAUACACACACACACACUCUUAUAGUUUCUUGGUGGACUUGUCAAUUCAGAAAGUAUCUGUAGUAUCAAUGAAAGUGAAAAAUGCAACAGGUCCUUUGGACACGAUAUUCCACUAAUACAAAUUUAUCCUUGUACAUAGACAUCAAGAAGCAUUACUAAGUAAAAAAGUAGAGUUCUCUGACUACCAAGUCAUUCGCUCAGCACCAGAUUCACAGGCCUCGCCCCGCCUCAACCACGCCUUCAUGGCGUGGUCUUCUCCCUGUCUCCCUCCGCCGUCCCCACCUUCCGAGCGUCUUCGUCGUUCCCCAGCCACGCCCUUGGCGCUGGGUCCUGUUGCAGUCUCGUUUCCGUGCUGACUACGUCUUCUCGGCUAGGUCCUUGUCGCCAUCCCCGCCCCCAGGGUCUCGUCCCGCCCCAGCCCCGCCUUCCAGCGGUUGUCCGGACCUCUCCGGGCCCCGCAAGCCUCGUCCCGCCCUAGCCACACCUUCCAGGCGUGGUUCUUGUCUGCAGCCCCACCUAGGCCUCGCCCCGGCUUCCGGGCUUGGUCCUCGCCUCCAGCCCCGCCUCCGAUCCGCGCCCCACCCCAGCCACGCCUUUUGGACUUGGUCCUCGUCUCUAGCCCCGCCCCCGAACCUCGCCCCAGCCCCGCCUUCCGGACUUGGGUCCGGUCUCUGGCUCCGUUCCUGAGCCUUGCCCAACUCCAGCCACGCCUUCCAGGCUCGGUCCUCGUCUCUAGCACCGCCUCCGAUACUCGCCCCACCCCAGCCACGCCUUUCGGACUUGGUCCUCGUCUCUAGCUCCGCCCCCGAGCUUCGCCUCACUCCAGCCCCGCCUUGCGGACUUGGUCUUAGUUCCCAGUCGCGGCCAAAUCACGCCUCAGCCACGUCCCGCAAGACUCUCACUGCCUCAGUCACGCUUUCCAGUCUGGUUUCUGGUCCCCAUCCGCGGCUGGUCCGACCCUGGGACCCAAUCACUGGGCAGCGAGAGGAAAGUCAAAUUUCUCGACCGGCUACGGGAAGGUCGCGGCACCCGCCCUGUCAGCCGCCUCGGCGCCCCCGCAGGGACCCCCUCAGGUCUCCUUAACCGGAAGCGGAAGUGCGUGUCGGCGGGAUCAUGGCGACUUUGGUCGAACUGCCGGACUCAGUCCUGCUCGAGAUCUUCUCUUACCUCCCGGGUCUGUCACCGCUGGAAGAGACUGGUGGACGACCGGUGGCUGUGGCGACAUGUCGACCUGACGCUCUACACGUAGAGACGGGGUUUCGUCAUGUUGGCCAGGAUGGUCCCAAUCUCCUGACCUCGUGAUCUGCCCGCAUCGGCCUUCCAAAGUGCUGGGAUUACAGGCAUGAGCCACCACACCUGGCCUUCUUUCUCAUUUUCUCUUGCCACCGCUACGUAAGAAGUGCCUUUCGCCUCCCGCCGUGAUUUUGAGGCCUGCCCAGCCGUGUGGAACUAUGCGACCUAAAGUCAUGUGGCACCUCCUUCGAAGGUACAUGGCAUCCCGGCUGCAUUCCCUGCGGAUGGGUGGCUACCUGUUCUCUGGCUCCCAGGCUCCCCAGUUGUCCCCUGCUCUGUUGAGAGCCCUGGGCCAGAAAUGCCCCAACCUGAAGCGCCUCUGCCUACACGUGGCCGAUCUGAGCAUGGUGCCCAUCACCAGCCUGCCCAGCACCCUGAGGACCCUGGAGCUGCACAGCUGCGAGAUCUCUAUGGCUUGGCUCCACAAGCAGCAGGACCCCACCGUGCUGCCCCUGCUUGAAUGCAUCGUGCUGGACCGCGUCCCCGCCUUCCGCGACGAGCACCUGCAGGGCCUGACGCGCUUCCGGGCCUUGCGCUCGCUGGUGCUGGGUGGCACCUACCGUGUGACCGAGACAGGGCUGGAUGCUGGCCUGCAGGAGCUCAGCUAUCUGCAGAGGCUCGAGGUGCUGGGCUGCACCUUGUCUGCUGACAGCACCCUGCUGGCUAUCAGCCGCCACCUCCGAGAUGUGCGCAAGAUCCGGCUGACCGUGAGGGGCCUCUCUGCCCCUGGCCUGGCUGUCCUGGAGGGAAUGCCAGCCCUGGAGAGUCUGUGCCUGCAGGGUCCCCUCGUCACCCCGGAAAUGCCGUCCCCCACUGAAAUCCUCUCCUCUUGCCUCACUAUGCCCAAGCUCAGAGUCCUUGAGCUGCAGGGGCUGGGCUGGGAGGGUCAGGAGGCGGAGAAGAUCCUGUGUAAGGGGCUGCCCCACUGUAUGGUCAUUGUCAGGGCCUGCCCCAAAGAGUCUAUGGACUGGUGGAUGUAACUACUCCACCUGUCCCUGGGAGCCAUCCUAGCUUUCAUCAUUGAGCCCCAGACCCUCUGAGCAGCACUUUGAAGAGGGUAGAUAAUCAGACUUGAGGAAAUUGAAAGCCCCAGGUUGACAGAACAGAGGCCUAGGGACCUCCAGACCAUUGGAAUCACUGUUUGCCAGCUGUGUGGCGUUGGUCAUAUCAACCUCUGGGAAGCCUAGUUCCCACAUCUGGAAAUAAGGAUGAUCAUAGCUACCUCAUGGUUACAUUGCAAAGCCUUACUCUAAAAGCUCCCAGCCUCCAGAGGUUCUCGAUGAAGUCACCUUCACGGUCGUCCUCAGGAAUAGGACGGAUGAAGAAGGGGUGAGGUUAAGACUUAGGGGCACCCGAGGGGCUGAGCCCCCUUAUGAGUACCCAAGAAGGACUGUCUAUGCAUGCACACCCACAAACCUAUAUCCCAUUUGUAUACCUACACGCACGCAAGAGACGCGGAGAGAUAGGCAACGCACAGUCACUAUUCAAUGAUUGAUAUGCUCAUAAAAGCUCUCAAUUCUAUUUUCUGUAUUUUGUAUGCUGUAUUUUCCAAGACAUAUUAUUUUGCUAUUAAAGAAAAAAAUCUUUUUUUUUUCCCAAGAA